AUGAUUCUGAUCAUUCCUUUAAAAACAUCAUCAACUUCAUUAUUAAUUGAAAUAAACUCAAAUACAGGAAUAAUUGCUUAUUUAGGAUGUCAAUAUGAUAAAGAUUUUAUUCCAUUUUAUCAAAGUAAUUCAUUUUAUGAAACAGAAAUUUCAACAGGAAUCAUAAAAUUAACAAAAGAUGAUAUUUAAUAUUGUUAAGAGAAUUUAAAUGAAAUUGAAUCUAGUUUAGGAAUUUAAAUGGAAAAUUAUGUAAUAUUAUUGUUAGUUAAUGAUCGAAAUUAAUAAACAUAAGUAGAAUUAAAACUCUAAAUAGAUAGUAAUAAAGAUGAUAAUUCUGGGCUAGAAUUAUAUUACAUUUUAGCUGGUGCAUUAGGAGCUUUGAUUGUUGCAUUAUUAAUAAUAAUAUGUGUUGUUUACUUUCAAAGAAAAGCUAGAAGAAUUAACAAUGGUGUUUAAAACAUAAUAAAUUAGAGACAACUUUCACUUUAAGGAAAUAUAAAGAAAAAAUUAAGAUAAGAUCAUAUUCCAGUAGAAUUAUAUGAAUAAAUUCUUCAAGAAUAUCCAGGAUUAAUUGAAAUUUCUGAUUGUUAAAUUUGUCUUGUGGAAUUCUAAAAAUAGGAUUUAGUCAAAUUAACAUAUUGUUUACAUUUAUUUCAUUCUACAUGUUUAGAUGAAUGGAGAAAAAGAAAUUAAGUAUAAAUAUCAUAGAUAUUAAUAGACCUGUCCAUUUUGUAGAGAAGAUUUAAACAAAAAGAAAGGCAUAUAAUUAAGAAUAGAAGAAAAGAUUCAUUAGUUGGGAGUAAUAUAAGGUGACGCAAUGUAAAUAGAUGAGCAUAAACUUGCCGAAUUAUAAAAACGAGAAUAAAGAUUGAAACAUUUACAAUGUAUUCAUUAAUCUUCAAUAUUAAAGAAACAUCCUCUCCUAAUUCUGCCAAUCCACUAUCAUAGAAGGAAAAUACUCCAUCACCAUUUUUAAAAGGGGAUAUAAUUACUUAGUAGCUUUGUUUAUAAUUAAAAAAAUGA